AUGCUCCACGAGAUCCUUCUCUCCCUCUCGGGGCAUCCGUCCCCUCUCCUCCGAUCCACCGACGACGAUUCACAUGCUCGAGCGGGAAUCAGCCCCCCAGAGCGCCAGCUCUUAGCUUCUGCCGCCCACCUGAGCGACAUCCAUGUCAAGCUGCUCACCUACACGUCGCAAAUAUCCUCCGCGCAUCCGUCGGCAAUAUGCCGCGCCGUUGCCGCUGCAAUCUCGUCGGUGCACCUCGCUGCAUUCCAGCGCAAGGUACUCGAGGUGGAAGAAAGCAUACUGAAGGAUGACCCCGAGCUCGUUGGUGCCUACAACAUUGUCCCGCUGACCGCCGUCAUGGGCGAGUUCAAGCAAUGGACGAGAAGAAUGGAGUGGCUCUGGGAGGUGGUGCAGUACAUGCUGGCGCGAGAAAAGGACAGCGCAGCGUGCCAAGGAGCGGAUUUGAUAAACCGACUUCGAAAGGAGCUGCAGAGCGGCUACCAAGACGUGGCCGACACGGCGUUGAGCUUGGUCACCAUGGCGGAGACGGCCUGGCUGAAGCAAGUAUCUGCGUGGGUUCUCUAUGGAAGACUGCCGGAUUUCGGAGGCGACGACUUUUUCGUGCAAAAGUCGCAAACCGCAGAAGAGGACUUUGUACUUCUUCGCGAACGCCUUCCAUCAUUUGUUGCGCCGACAACUGCGUCGUCCAUGCUCUUUAUUGGCAAGUCGCUCAACCACGUCCGGGUCAUGGGCGACAUGAAUGCCGGACUGGGUGGGCUGCGCCAUGUAUCUUCGAAACUCAAGGAGCUUGGAAAUCUGAGCUUCCCGCUCAAUGGCGUAACCUUCUCGCGGACGAUAACCUCCAUCCGCCUCUCACUCUCCGAAAACACUCUACAGAAGAUUCUGCCCUUGGCCAGGGUGGUCGAAAUAUUGCAACUGUUUCGGGAGUUUUUCCUUCUGGGCCGUGGCGAGUUUGCUUUGGCAUUGACACACGAGGCAGAUGAAAAGAUACGGCAUCGAUGGCGCAGAGCUGGGAAUCUCGCAUACGAAAAGGAUGAUGGCCUGAAGAAUGUGACUGUCAAAGAUGGUGAGGUGGCAGCUGUUCUCAACAGAACUUGGGCUGUCCUGGCAUCGAUGCAGGGCCAACACGCCGAUGAGGACGAGUCACUCGAGCUGGCUCGCGACGUACUGCGGCUGCAGCUGACCAAGUCAAGACCGCCAAUUCCAAUGAGCGGUGGGAAAGGCCUGGGCCCCGAUGCAAUCAGGCUGCUAGACUCCUCGCCAUUCCGCAACAUGCUGUUCUCAGUACCUGCGGCGGUGUUCGCAGACCUACCGUCGCCCCUUGACAUGGUCAUCUCUCCUUCAGACCUUCAGAUCUAUUCCUGCAUUAACUCCUAUCUAUUGUCGCUUCGCCGCGCCCACAUUCGACUGACGGACUUGUGGAAGAUCACCUCCCUGCGGCGACAUCACCCAGCACCUCCAGGAGCCGGAGAGCACGCGGCUUUGCUCCGGCAGCGGUGGUCAGCGCGAUCGGUGGCACUGCGGAGCUCAUGGACGACUGCGAGCGCCGCCAUUUUCUUUCUCGGUGAGACAGAAGCGUACCUGCAGACGGAAAUCGUCGAGGGUAUGUGGGAGACGUUUAGUGCCUGGUUGACGGGCACGGAAUCGCGGCGGGAUGGGCCGAACACAAAUCGAUCAGGGGCUGCAACCCCCGCCGCAAAUGCAGGCAGGCAGGAGAGCGAAGAUGAGGACUUGUUCCUCGACGACUGGGACUCGCAGACACAAAGGCAAGCCGCCAAGACGUCAAAGAAGCCUGCCCAUGAUCCGCAGACACUGUCAGCGGCCCAUACCCUUUACCUCCGUACUUUGGUACACAGGUUGCUUCUCACCCAGCCAUCCUUUACAGAUCCGCUAUACACCCUGCUUGUACAUAUCGAUCACCUCGUCGCCCAUGUUCAGCGGCUGCACUCGAUCUUUACGUCGAUUGACCUGGAGACAGACGCUGGCGUCGUCGACGCGUUUGUGGACCCCAAUCGUGAACAACGCGAAGUCAUGGGCCUCCUUCGCGGAGUGGAAGACAAGGUCAGAAAGGGCAUAGAAGGGGUGGUUGAGGCUCUGCGGAACCUGGAGAACAACUCUGACUUUCUGGCGGAGUGGGAGUCCCAGGGGACGAUGACGGAUGACGACGACAUGAGCGAUGGCCAGCGGUAUGCGCCAGGGAGGAUAGGCGGCGUGAACCGACUUCUAAUGAAGCUGGACUUUGGCAGCUGGCUGGGCAACCGAACUGAUGGCUGGGAGUGA